GGGGGGGAAGAUGGAGACAGAGAAACGCAAGCCUCUAGUCUGCUAAGGUGGGCGUCGCCAUCGGGAGAACUCAGGCCACAAGAAUUCCUCCUCUCCGAAAACUCUCCCCUCUCUCUGCUGCUGUGGCCGCAUCAUCUCCUCCUCAUCUUCUUCUCCACAGCCUCCAGCUAGGCCAUGGCGUCCACCGUCUCCUUCUCCCCGGCCAACGUGCAGAUGCUCCAGGGCAGGAGCUGCCACGGCCACGCGGCGUUCGGGGGCUGCUCCGCCGUGCCAAGAACCGGGCCAAGGAUGCGUUCCGUGGCCGUGAGGGUCAGCAGCGAGCAGGAGGCGGCGCCGGCGGUCAGGGCGCCGUCGGGGAGGACCAUCGAGGAGUGCGAGGCCGACGCCGUGGCCGGGAGAUUCCCGGCUCCCCCGCCGUUGGUCAGACCCAAGGCUCCCGAAGGAACACCUCAGAUCAGGCCUCUUGACUUGACAAAGCGCCCUCGUCGCAACCGCAGGUCGCCUGCUCUUAGGGCCGCAUUCCAGGAGACCACCAUCUCACCUGCCAAUUUGGUGCUCCCGCUGUUCAUCCAUGAAGGGGAAGAUGAUGCUCCUAUUGGAGCUAUGCCUGGGUGCUAUAGGCUUGGUUGGAGGCAUGGGCUUCUUGAUGAGGUCUACAAGUCUCGUGAUGUUGGUGUUAACAGUUUUGUGCUGUUUCCAAAAGUUCCUGAUGCAUUGAAGUCUCAAUCUGGAGAUGAGGCAUACAAUGAUAAUGGUUUGGUUCCACGGACUAUUCGCCUGCUCAAGGAUAAAUUCCCUGACAUUGUUGUCUACACGGAUGUUGCUCUGGACCCUUAUUCAUCUGAUGGUCAUGAUGGCAUUGUCAGGGAAGAUGGAGUAAUUAUGAAUGAUGAAACAGUUUAUCAACUGUGCAAGCAGGCUGUUUCACAGGCACGUGCUGGUGCUGAUGUAGUUAGCCCUAGUGACAUGAUGGAUGGCCGUGUUGGAGCAAUACGUGCUGCUUUGGAUGCUGAGGGUUUCCAUGAUGUCUCCAUUAUGUCCUAUACUGCAAAGUACGCCAGUUCGUUUUAUGGCCCAUUCCGAGAAGCUUUGGAUUCAAAUCCAAGAUUUGGGGACAAGAAGACUUACCAGAUGAACCCAGCUAACUACAGAGAAGCGCUUCUAGAAACUGCUGCAGAUGAGGCAGAAGGAGCUGAUAUUCUUCUGGUAAAACCUGGAUUGCCAUACUUGGAUGUCAUCCGUCUUCUUAGGGACAAUUCAGCAUUGCCAAUCGCUGCAUAUCAGGUCUCUGGAGAGUACUCCAUGAUCAAAGCUGGAGGAGCACUGAACAUGAUCGACGAAGAGAAGGUGAUGAUGGAGUCGCUCAUGUGCCUGAGGCGAGCCGGCGCUGACAUCAUCCUGACGUAUUUCGCGCGUCAGGCCGCCAACGUGCUGUGCGGCAUGCGAUCCAACUAGCAGGUCAACUCUGAAUCUGAAAAAAGCUGAGCAGCUAAAACCCAGCCAUCUCUGAAACUUUUGCAUGUCCCCAGGUCAUCAUCAUGUGAGGCUCGUUUUGCACUCUAUAGAGAGCAUUUGUGUAGUCAGUAAUUAGUGCUAGCUUUGCAAAUAUCAUUCUGGAAUAAUGUUUUUUGUAUGACAGUGCCUCUAAUUGGUGUGUAAUUUGCGGUGAGGAAAUAAUAUAAUCUGCAAUUCUGUGCA